AUGAGGCUCCUGGUGGUCCCCCUUUUGCUAGCUUGGGUGGCUGGUGCCACUGCUGCUGUGCCUGUGGUACCCUGGCGUGUACCCUGCCCCGCUCAAUGUGCCUGCCAGAUCCGGCCCUGGUAUACACCCCGCUCGUCCUACCGCGAGGCCACCACCGUGGACUGCAAUGACCUGUUCCUGACUGCGGUGCCCCCAGCACUCCCUGCAGGCACGCAGACCCUGCUACUGCAGAGCAAUAGCAUCGUCCGUGUGGACCAGAGUGAGCUCAACUACCUGACCAACCUCACAGAGCUGGACCUGUCCCAGAAUAGCUUUUCAGACGCCCAAGACUGUGAUUUCCACGCCCUGCCCCAGCUGCUGAGCCUGCAUCUGGAGGAGAACCAGCUGACCCGGCUGGAGGACCACAGCUUCGCCGGGCUGGCCAGCCUACAGGAGCUCUAUCUCAACCACAACCAGCUCUACCGCAUUGCCCCCAGGGCCUUCGCAGGCCUGGGUAACCUGCUGCGGCUGCACCUCAACUCCAACCUGCUGAGGGCCAUUGACAGCCGCUGGUUCGAGAUGCUGCCCAGCCUAGAGAUCCUCAUGAUUGGUGGCAACAAGGUGGACGCCAUCCUGGACAUGAACUUCCGACCCCUGGCCAACCUGCGCAGCCUGGUGCUAGCAGGCAUGCACCUGCGGGAGAUCUCUGACUAUGCCCUGGAGGGGCUGCAGAGCCUAGAGAGCCUCUCUUUCUAUGACAACCAGCUGGCCCGGGUUCCCAAGCGGGCAUUGGAGCAGGUGCCCGGGCUUAAGUUCCUAGACCUGAAUAAGAACCCACUGCAACGGGUAGGACCGGGGGACUUCGCCAACAUGCUACACCUCAAGGAGCUGGGACUGAACAACAUGGAGGAGCUGGUCUCCAUUGACAAGUUUGCCCUGGUUAAUCUCCCUGAGCUGACCAAGCUGGACAUCACUAACAAUCCGCGGCUGUCCUUCAUCCACCCCCGCGCCUUCCACCACCUGCCCCAGAUGGAGACCCUUAUGCUCAACAAUAAUGCUCUCAGUGCCUUGCACCAGCAGACCGUGGAGUCCCUGCCCAACCUGCAGGAGGUGGGUCUCCACGGCAACCCCAUCCGCUGCGAUUGUGUCAUCCGCUGGGCCAAUGCCACAGGCACCCGUGUCCGCUUCAUUGAGCCACAAUCCACCCUGUGUGCAGAGCCACCAGACCUACAGCGCCGCCCAGUCCGUGAGGUGCCCUUCCGGGAGAUGACAGACCACUGCCUGCCCCUCAUCUCCCCCCGCAGCUUCCCUCCCAGCCUCCAGGUGGCCAGUGGAGAGAGCAUGACACUGCAUUGCCGGGCGCUGGCCGAGCCAGAACCCGAGAUCUACUGGGUCACUCCAGCCGGGCUUCGACUAACACCUGCCCAUGUGGGCAGGAGGUACAGGGUGUACCCUGAGGGGACCCUGGAGCUGCGGAGGGUGACAGCAGAAGAAGCAGGACUGUAUACCUGUGUGGCCCAGAACCUGGUAGGGGCUGACACUAAGACAGUCAGUGUGGUUGUUGGCCGUGCCCUCCUCCAGCCGGGCAGGGAUGAGGGACGGGGGCUGGAGCUCCGGGUGCAGGAGACCCAUCCCUAUCAUAUCCUACUGUCCUGGUUGCCACCACCCAACACAGUUUCCACCAACCUCACCUGGUCGAGCGCUUCCUCCCUCCAGGGCCAUGGGGCCACUGCUCUGGCCCGUCUGCCCCGAGGCACCCAUAGCUACAACAUCACCCGCCUCCUUCAGGCCACGGAGUACUGGGCCUGCCUGCAAGUGGCCUUUGCUGAUGCCCAUACCCAGUUGGCUUGUGUAUGGGCCAGAACUAAAGAGGCCACUGCUUGCCACAGAGCCUUAGGGGACCAGCCUGGGCUCAUCGCCGUCCUGGCUCUUGCUGUCCUCCUGCUGGCAGCUGGUCUAGCGGCCCACCUUGGUACAGGCCAGCCUAGGCAAGGGGUGGGCAGACGGCCACUCCUUCCAGCCUGGGCUUUCUGGGGAUGGAGUGCCCCUUCUGUCCGGGUGGUAUCUGCACCCCUUGUCCUGCCCUGGAAUCCAGGGAGGAAGCUAUCCAGAUGCUUAGAAGGAGAGGCACUGUCACCACCAUUGUCUCAAAAUUCCUGA